CCGGAGCCUACGUGAUGGCGUCAGGCGCCUCCGGCGUCGCUUCCUGUUGUCAGUGGCCGGGAGGCCGCAGCGUCGGGUCUGAGGCUUAGGGGCAGCCGCGGCCGGGAGUACCCCCGCCCCCUCCCCGCUCCCUUUGGUGUCAUGUGAUUCUCCGCAGGAGCUGCUGCAUGAGUGGAAAUGCUCUCAGUGGUGGAGAAUGGACUGGACCCCCGGGCUGCCAUCCCGGUCAUCAAGAAGAAGCUAGUGGGAUCCGUGAAGGCGUUGCAGAAGCAGUACGUGUCCUCGGACACAGUGGUCACCAGUGAAGACGGAGAUGCCAACACCAUGUGCAGCGCCCUGGAGGCCGUAUUUAUCCACGGCCUGCACGCCAAGCACAUCCGAGCCGAGGCGGGAGGAAAGAGGAAGAAGAGUCCCCACCAGAAGCCUCUGCCUCAGCCUGUCUUCUGGCCCCUCCUGAAAGCUGUCACCCACAAACACAUUAUCUCGGAACUGGAGCACCUGAUCUUUGUCAGCACGGAUGUGGGCCGCUGCCGGGCCUGGCUGCGCCUGGCCCUCAACGACGGCCUGAUGGAGUGCUACCUGAAACUGCUGCUCCAGGAGCAGGCCCGACUGUGCGAGUACUAUCAGCCCACAGCCCUGCUUCGAGACGCCGAGGAGGGCGAGUUCCUGCUCAGCUUCCUGCAGGGACUAACGUCCUUAUCCUUCGAACUCUCCUACAAGUCCGCCAUCCUCAACGAGUGGACGCUUACCCCACUGGCCCUCUCUGGGCUGUGCCCACUCUCUGAGCUCGACCCUCUCACUACCUCCGGUACAGAACUACAGCGGAAGGAGUCUCUGGAUUCCAUUUCCCAUUCCUCAGGCUCGGAGGACAUCGAAGUCCAGCACUCGGGCCAUAAGAUCCGGCGGAACAGGAAGCUCACCGCCUCCUCCCUCAGCCUGGACACGGCCAGUUCAUCCCAGCUGUCUUGCAGCCUGAACUCUGAUAGCUGUCUACUCCAAGAGAAUGGCUUCAAGAGUCCAGACCGUUCUGAGGAGCCCAUGUCCUUCGACUCAGACCCGGGAACAGCAAAUGCCGAUGAUUCAGACCCGUCUCUGCAAGAGGUGUUGUCGGAAUUCAGCAAAGCCCAGGUCAACUCUGCGCCAACCAACGGACUGAGCCGGGAAACGGAGAUUCCCACGCUGCAGGCCUCACUCUCCCUCCACGGCCUCGACACCAGCGCACGCCUGCACUUUGAUGUGCCUGCACAGCGCCGCCCUGCCCAAGCGUCCUCUGGGACUUGCGAUGGUGGCCACAAGCAGGAGCCACUUUCCCAGGCACCCGGGACCCUGGGCUUGCCGCAGCUGGGCACUGCCCAAGCUGCCUCUUCAGGGAGCACUUCCAGCCAGCAGCCUCUUAGUCCUGUGAGAGAGAGGACCAGAGCAGGCAGUGGCCAGCAGAAGCCCCCGGAGGAUGACGGAGCUGGACUGAGCCUUGCGGUUUCCUCACCCACCAGUCCGAAAAACAAGAGCUGGAUCUCAGAAGAUGACUUCUACCGGCCUCCCCCAGAACAAGCUGCCGAGGGUCCCUCAGAUCGCUCUGCAGCCUCGUCCACGGGGUCUCCAGAGGCAAGGCCUGGUCUCCUAAGGCAUUUUUCUCAAGGACCAAGAAAAAGCUACUCCACGGGGGCCUUAGACAAAGCUUGCGUGCCUUCCCCAGGAAGCAGAGAGAGCAAGGCGGCCGCGGCGCAGGAGCACAAGAACUUCAGGGUGGUGCACCGCCGGCAGAUGGGGCUGUCCAACCCAUUCCGGGGUCUCAUGAAACUGGGCACCGUGGAGCGGCGGGGGGCGAUGGGCAUCUGGAAGGAACUCUUCUGCGAGCUCUCCCCGCUGGAGUUCCGCCUCUACCUGAGCGACGAGGAGCGCACCUGCAUGGAGAGCUGUUCCCUGCUGCGCUGUGAGUCUGUGGGGCCGGCCCACAGCGACGGCCGCUUCGAGCUGGUCUUCUCCGGCAAGAGGCUGACCCUGCGUGCCUCUUCCCAGGAUGAAGCCGAGGACUGGCUCGACCGAGUGCGCGAGGCCCUGCAGAAGUACCGGCCCCAGCAGGAGGACGAGUGGGUGAACGUCCAGUACCCAGACGAGCCUGAGGACCCCGCAGAGGCCCCCCAGGGUGGCUUCCCUGCCCACUCGGACCUGCUCACAGAGCCUGAAACGCUCCAGAGCUCGCAGUUCAACUGGUCCUCUGCCCAAGUUCCCGAGCCAGACGCCAUUAAAGAAUCCCUUCUGUACCUCUACGCGGACAGGACCUGGGUGCCCUAUAUUUUUUCCCUGUCCUUGGAGGCUCUGAAAUGCUUCCGCCUGAGAAACAACGAGAAGAUGUUAACUGACAGCCAUGGAAUUGAGACCAUCCGAGAUAUCCUGCCAGACACGAGCCUCGGGGGCCCAUCCUUCUUCAAAAUCAUCACAGCCAAGGCCGUCCUGAAGCUGCAGGCCGGGAAUGCUGAGGAGGCUGCCCUGUGGAGGGAUCUGGUGCGCAAGGUCCUGGCGUCCUACCUGGAGACGGCCGAGGAGGCAGUGACACUUGGUGGCAGUCUGGAUGAAAAUUGUCAGGAGGUGCUGAAGUUCGCCACACGGGAGAAUGGCUUCCUGCUGCAGUACCUGGUGGCCAUCCCCACGGAGAAAGGCCUCGACUCCCAGGGCUGCUUCUGCGCAGGCUGCUCCCGGCAGAUCGGCUUCUCAUUUGUACGACCCAAGCUCUGUGCCUUCUCUGGCCUCUAUUACUGUGACAUCUGCCACCAAGACGAUGCCUCAGUGAUUCCCGCCAGGGUCAUCCACAACUGGGACCUCACCAAGCGCCCGAUCUGCCGGCAGGCCCUGAAGUUCCUGACGCAGAUCCGGGCCCAGCCCCUCAUCAACCUGCAGCUGGUGAACGCGUCCCUCUACGAGCACGUGGAGCGGAUGCGCCUCAUUGGAAGGAGCCGGGAGCAGCUGAAGCUUCUGGGGGAUUACCUGGGCCUGUGCCGAAGUGGAGCCCUGAAGGAGCUAAGCAAGAGGCUCAACCACAGGAACUAUCUCUUGGAGUCUCCCCACAAGUACAGUGUCGCUGACCUGCAGCAGAUCGCCGAGGGGACAUAUGAAGGAUUUCUCAAGGCCCUCAUCGAAUUCGCCUCCCAGCACGUUUACCACUGCGACCUGUGCACUCAGCGCGGCUUCAUCUGCCAGAUCUGCCACCACCAUGACAUUAUCUUCCCCUUUGAGUUUGACACCACAGUCAGGUGUGGCGAAUGCAAGACCGUCUUCCACCAGAGCUGCCAGGCCGUGGUGAAGAAGGGCUGCCCCCGCUGUGCCCGCCGGCGCAAGUACCAAGAGCGGAACACUCUCACCUAAGCCAACCUGUCCCCACCCGGGCUGCAGGAGCAUCCGCCCAGGCUGCCCUCUCAGGUGUCACAGCCAUCUCCCUUGUCAGGAAGACUCUCGGGUGUGACCAGAGCAUGAGUCUGCCAGAGGAAGCCCCAGAGGUCCUUGGUGACAUCCCCCAGUGCCCACCCCCACCCGUCUGUCCCAGGGCGGAGGGGGAGCAGAGAGGGGAGCUUUGCACUAGUCAAGCCCCGCUCACCUCCCUGACGGGCACCUCCUCCAUUAGGGCUGCUCAGACACUGUGGAGACAAGACCGGGGCGCAUUUGCAAUCCCACAUUCCUGAUUAAAAGGUCUAGUUUUUUAAGGUGGGUUCUUUCCCUUCAUAUUACAACAGAAAAUAUUUUUUUAUUCUUGACCCUACACAAGUCACCCAAGACGUCCAGGCGUCCUCACCCUGAGUAGACAUGCAGGAAGGGCUUGGGCCUGGCCUGCAGGGGGCAGGGGCCCAGGCAGCCAGGCCUCUGUGGGGACAGAGCCCACAGCUGGUCCAGGUGCCUUUCCUCCCCCUCACUGGGUACCCACUGCUGACAGCUCAAGUGCAAUGUGCCAAACCACCCGUGGGGCCGGCGGGCUCAGGCCUGAGGACCACUGUCCACCCCUCCCCCUCCUCCUCACCCCCUGCCCCGUGCUCCUCACCUGAAGAGCCCAUCCCCCUUCUCCGUGUCACAGCCCCACCUCUGCUGGAGCCUGGGCUCUAGGUCCCCGCAGGAGAAGGGCAAUGACUCAGACCAGCACUGUCAGCACUUUGAGCCUUCCUUGGUCCAGGGAAGGGUCGUCAUCUUGCCCAGCCCUCAGCCCCUCGCCCUCCUCACUCCCACCACAGGCAGGCAGGCAGGACGCUGCUGCCUGACCAAGCCCUGCUGGGGCAGAGGGAGGCUGGGCCCACAGAGGGCGGAGAGCCCCACACGGUCCUUCCACGAAGAGUGCUGGCCCCACUGCUGAGCCACACAGGGACAUGCGUGAGGAGCCGCCCUCACAGAAGGAUGCUCCGCCUUGUUUACAAAGCCAUGAAUUCACCGUUUCAGUGGACUGGCCCAGGAGGGGCGCCGCCAGAGACUGGGAAGUUUCAUUGGAGCAGGAUUGCCUUUUGAAGGGGUCUUGGGAUGGGGCAGGAGCCUGGAAUUGUUUUCAAAGUGAUAGUUAGACCUUUGGGGGUUGAGAGGAAUCUGGGUGUGAUUUCUCUGUUGCCUUCCGCCACCUCUCCUGGAUCCUGCAGACCCAGCUCAGCCCUGGGGUCCUCUGGCCCUCCUGUCUGCUCUCAGCUUGGAUUGGGGGCCCCAGGUGGAGACUGCCUGUCCCUCCUCUCUCUCGGGGUGAUCUGGCUGCUGAGUCACCUGCCCAGCCCUGUGGAGCUGGAUAAGUUGUGCAAUAGAAAGAGAAGGAGUAGGAAGGCGGAGGGGGCAAGGGGGCUGCCACAGCUUCGCUGUGCCCAUCACAGAAGAUGGUGCGCACCUGUGCCCAGCACGUCAACGCCUCCUAAACCAGAAGGUGGAUCCUUAUGCCCAUCCCACCCACCCCAUAGCCAGCAUUAAUGCCUCGCCACAAACGUGGCCUGAUUAGAGCCGCAGUUGCCCCGCACCUGCGUUCUUGGGCCUGUGAGUAUAUUCCGUAUUCCAGAGGGUGCCCUGGGGGCAGCAGGAGUGAGCCCCAGAGGAGCUUGCCCCCCACCCUGGGGUUGGUAGCAUUAGAGUUGACCCUCUCCCCAUACCAAAAGCUGCUAAUGCUUUCAGAUGAGUUGAUUUUUACCCCCUCACCUCCAAUGGAAAGCUGAUGAGAACCUCAGUAGUGCCCACACUAUUUUUAAAAUGUCAUUUUAUGCAAUAAACUGUUUCUUGUGAGGGGCCCUGGCCCUGAGAAGUGCUUUGCAAUGUAUUGAAGGAACUGCUGCCGGGUGAUUUUUGAAUGAUUUUGCAGUAAAGACCUGAUCUUUCUAA